AGAGUGAGUUGGGGAACGGGAGGUCUGUGAGAAAUAGCACAGGUUUUGCUCAGACAAAUUGUACCCUGAUCUGUCACUGUCUUUUCCUCUGUGAACAGGUCCCUGUUCCCAGGGGCAGAUGUCCAACAGCAGCUCCAUCACCCAGUUCCUCCUCCUGGCAUUCUCAGACACACGGGAGCUGCAGCUCUUGCACUUCUGGCUCUUCCUGGGCAUCUACCUGGCUGCCCUCCUGGGCAACGGCCUCAUCAUCACCACCAUAGCCUGGGACCAGCACCUCCACACCCCCAUGUACUUCUUCCUGCUCAACCUCGCCCUCCUCGACCUGGGCUGCAUCUCCACCACUGUUCCCAAAUCUAUGGUCAAUUCUUUGUGGGAAACCAGGGCCAUUUCAUAUACAGGAUGUGCUGCCCAAGUCUUUCUCUUUGUCUUUUUCAUUUCAGCAGAGUUUUAUCUUCUCACCGUCAUGUCCUAUGACCGCUACGUUGCCAUCUGCAAACCCCUGCACUACGGGACCCUCCUGGGCAGCAGAGCUUGUGUCCACAUGGCAGCAGCUGCCUGGACCAGUGGGUUUCUCCAUGCUCUGCUGCACAUGGCCAGUACAUUUUCACUAUCACUCUGCUAUGGCAAUGUUGUGGACCAGUUCUUCUGUGAAAGCCUCCAGAUCCUCAAGCUCUCCUGCUCACAUUCCUACCUCAGUGAGUUUGGGGUUAUUGUGAUUAGUCUCUUAGCAGUAUUUGUGUGUUUUGUGUUCAUCAUGCUGUCCUAUGUGCAGAUCUUGAGGGAUGUGCUGAGGAUCCCCUCUGAGCAGGGACGGCACAAAGCCUUUUCCACCUGCCUCCCUCACCUGGCCGUGGUCUCCCUGUUUGUCAGCACUGCCAUGUUUGCCUACCUGAAACCCCCCUCCAUCUCCUCCCCAUCCCUGGACCUGGCAGUGUCAUUUUUGUACUCAGUGGUACCUCCAGCCAUGAACCCCCUCAUCUACAGCAUGAGGAACCAGGAGCUCAAGGAUGCCCUGAGAAAACUUGUAGAUAGAUGCUUUUCAAAAGCAAUAAACUGUCCAUCUUCCACACAUCACUCAUGAUAUAACUCAUGACAGGCCCAGCUUCUUUUUUGUAUAUUUCGUAUCUCUUGACUUUUUUUUUUUCCGUUUUUUUUUUUUUUGUCACUGAAGAGAGGUUUGUUUGAUUUUGUUUUUUUUUUAGCUGUGAUAAUAUUACCAACAAAGAAAUGUCAUUUUUCAUCUCACUUCUAAUUCCCCAUUGACCUUUAUAGUU